AUGGCAUUCUUUCAACAGCAAGCGCGCCGCUUCGCGUGGAGUUCUUCUUCCUCGGACAAGGAAGACUCUGUGUCGACACAUUCGAUCAGACGACUGUCGCGAACUGCUCCGCUUUCGUUGUUUAUCGAGGCGGUGGAGAAGGACGGCUGCGUGAUUGUGACGGACUUCACCGACCGGACGACCGUGGAACAGGCCGAUAAGGAGGUGCGGCCGUGGCUGGAGAAGGAGAGCGAUGGCGCUGUGGUCGGAGCGCUUCAGGGCCAGACGAGGACGGUCACCAGACUCAUAGGGAGGAGCGAAACCGUGCGGGAAAAGUUCUUCGCCGAUCCGUUGUAUCAGGACCUGUGUGAGCAUUUUCUGGCGCUCGAGACGACACAUUAUUAUGGGGAUAAGCCGUUGACCACAACGAGUCAUCCUUUGUUGUCGAUUGCCAUUACUUUCGACAUUCCCCCUGGCACGCCGGCUCAGGGGUUGCAUAGAGACGAUAAGAACCAUCAUGUUCGUCACAAUCAAGCGGAGUCUUACGAGAAAGGACGAGAUGUGUUGCUAGGGCUGUUUGUGCCUGGUUGCAACACGACCAAAGCCAAUGGUGCAACGAGAGUGGUACCUGGAAGUCACCUGUGGGGGGAUAAAGCCCCAGAUUUCGGCUCGGAUGGCAACCAUGGAGUGUUGGAUGCAGAAAUGGAAGUUGGAGAGGCCUUUAUCAUGCUCGGUAGUCUCUAUCACGGGGGAGGAAAUUAUGAAAAGGCACUGGGUACCGCGAAAGAGGGCAUCAGAGAGAGCAGGACUGUUCAUGCAAUGUUCUCUUGUACCGGUGUUUCUCGGCAGGAAGAGAUCUCAUUCUUGUCAUAUCCUAUCGAGGAUGUCAAGAAAUAUUCUCCGAUCGUACAAGAAAGGCUCGGCUGGAAGCAAAGUGAGCCCAACCUUGGUUGGGUGGAUCUGAAGAGUCCCGAGGUUCUUCUCCAGACAUGA